CUUCGCUCCCCGAGGGAGGACCGUUAUAAGAAGUGAUGGCUGCAGCUCUCUCCCGUGCUUUAAAACUACCCGUGAAGAAGGGCUCUGAACUAGGGGAGUAUGAUCCUCUGACUCAAGCUGACAGCGAGGACGAAAGUGAGGAGGAUGACCUGGUACUCAACUACCCACGAAAUGGCCUUGGUAGGGGCAACUGCCUUGGCAUGGGGCCUUCAGACCUGCGGGGCAGUAGAUCUGGGAGACUUGUAGGGGGCGGAGAUGAGGCAGAAGAAGAGGAAGAGGAGGAUGAGUGGAGAGAGCGUCUCUCUGGCAAAUCCAGGCAGGAGAGAGGCGAUACGAAAGGCACGCAGUACUGGAGUCAAAGGGAAACAGGAAGGGACAGAGUGGGAGAAGAAGAAGGAGGUCCUGGGACAUCUGGGGGGCCUGGGGUGGGGUCAAAUGGUGCUGAUGGAGAUAGGAAGAGGACAAGGUUGAGGAACGCUAUCAGAGCUGCGUUUUUCCUGGUGCCGCCAGUCUGUGCUACACUGCUUGUGCUGCUGUGUGCAUUUCUGAUACCAUGCAAGAAGGGAGCGCCGGAUAAACAGCCGCAAUGGGAGAGAACAUUAGGAGACGCAGGAGGUGUCAUCUCACCGGCGAUGGCAUUGUGGGAUGUUGAUGGGGAUUCAGUGGAAGACGUGCUGCUGGGUGUAACGGAACGGACCAAUGACACCCAUCCAUUACAGGGGAAUAAAGUAUAUAGUACAGUGGCACUGUCGGGUAUCAGUGGCCAGGUGCUGUGGAGGAGAGUCAUGCCAGAGUCUGUGAUGUACAUCCAGUGUGGUCUUCAGUAUGAAGCCCACCCAGUCCCUCUCCCAGCUGGGGGAGCAGCCCUGAGGGCCUACCCAGAGACCACCCCUCUUCUGAUGGGUCAGAGGGAGAGGGCUAGCGGGCCUGUGUGUCUCCUUAUAGGAAAAUCUGUCCUCACAGCUGUCAACGGCACAACAGGGAAGAAGUUGUGGUCAGUUCCCCUUGAGAAUAUUGGGUCCCAGACAGUGUCACUUCCAGACCUCCAAGGUGAUACAGUCCCAGAUCUGCUGAUUGCCACUCUGGAGGAUGAGGUUUCUGACCUCUCCCUUAGUUUGCUCUCUGGGCUGACGGGGGCAAAGCUCGGACAUCCCGUGCCCUUCAACCUCACUGCGCAGGGCAGGCUGAUAGGGCCUUUGCUGCAUGAGACCCAACAGGGAGCGUACUACAUUCUCUUUGGACUAGGUACCGUCGAGGCCAUUUCUCUGCACGAUAUCUACAUUCGGGCCACUGGCAAAAUGCCCAUAACCCAGGCACUCAAAAAGAAGGAGCCCAGCUGGGAAAGGCUCAAGAAAACCAGCUCCUCCUCUCUUAUACACAUUUACAAUGGAGCAGAACAUGUGGAUUUCCUGCUCCCUCUUGUGGCCGGCUUUGACAACAACCACAAUAACCUGGACACCGUCUCAAACCUCAACUCCACUAAAAGUGACUGGGCACUGGUCUACGGUUCCAGUAAACUAUCAGUUUUGCGAGAGCGGGACAUAUAUAAAGAAUGGACUUUCGACUCUGCUCGCAUUCGCAGUCAACCAACGCCUGGCUACUUCAACAGUGAUGGAAUCCCAGAUCUUUUCAUUCAGCAUUCUGCAAAUGGCAUCAGAAAGGUGCAGAUAAUUGAUGGGGCAAGUGGAUAUGUCCUCUGGUCAGCAGAAUUUUUGUGCCCUCAUCUCGUAUUGGAGGCUUCCUCAAUCUACACCACUACUGGUGUAUCAGUUUUUCUCUUCUGGGCCAGUGAACCAAUCAGAACGCAGAAGAACUUUACGAAGACAACUGUGGCACCAGGUGUAGCUGCAGCAGAGCCCCUCGUCAGAAAUCUCUUCCUGCUGCAUCCUGCACAUCCCACCAUCCUUCUCCAGCUCACCAGUACCACAGACACUACCGUCACUACUGCAGUGAGCUACCAGGAGCAUCAGAAGGAUGCUUCAUACAUCACUGUCUCAUCCAGGCCUACAACCGAGUCAGAGCCUUGGGCACAGUUAGUCAAAAGCCUGAGCCUGAGGGCUGCCAUCUCAAAAGGACAAGUUGUGAGGUUAGGAGAAAGCAGCAAAGCCAGAGGCCCCGUUAAGCCCAGUGUGUUUGAGCUCAACAAAUUCUUUGGCCGUCUCUCCUUCAAAAAACAGUGACGACCCUCCAUCACUGCCAAACGCCCUGUGUAACAAGAGGUGCACACUACAAGAGGUACAACUGAAGGGAUCCAUUUCAUGAGCUAAAGGGAUGACAUUUGCAUCAAGAGGACAUUUAAAGCUGUUUAUAUCUUUUUGUUUUAUGAAAUUUUAAUUUAUUUUUGAUUAUUUAACUUGGAUUUUUGGAAAGGGUUUUUCCAUAUUUACUUGAAUGCUUAGAGAUUAUUGGGGUUUGCCACAUAAGGUUGUGAAAGGAUGACGUUCAAAAGAAGGCUGAUAAGAGAAAGUGAAAUGUUCAGGUUUUAUGCUUCUCAUAAAUAUGCCAGUAUCACUGCAGGGCCAGUUCCUUCCCAAGUAUUCAACCCCCCUCCCUCUGGUGCACUUUGUUAUUAAGCCACUAAUUGUGCCCUUUCUGUUCAAACCACUGUAGGAAUAGACGUCUGUAAAUAUUAUUGCUGUACAGUAUUUAUUGGUUCUCUAAUAUUUAGAUUUUUUUAUUAGUUUUUUUUUUUGUCUGAGCACUUGAUGGUUAUGGCAUUAAAAUGUAAAUUGAGAUAACUGUAAUAUUGCUGUUGAAAAUUUGGGAGUAAAGACGCAAUUGU